ACGUUAUAAGUCGUAAUAUAGGUAUUCUCGCAGUCCCACGGGCGAAUAGUGCGCUCGGUGCUCUGUGCUCGUUCGUGUGAUUGUAUCUAUAUAUAUACACAAACUCGUGUCUCUCUUCCUCGCUCUCUCGUACCUACAUUAUACGCUUGCUCUCGGCAGUCUCCAAGUCCGAGUCUGCUGCUGCUAUAUACUGCUGCUGCUGCUGCUACUGCUUGCGAAAACUCCGUUCGGCAGCGUUAUAGGUAUAUAGACUGCAAAUCCCAAGUAUCACAUGUGUGUGUGAGAAGUGCGUCGUCGCGUUAAAAAGACGAGCUAUCUCUACUGCUGUUGCUGCUACUGCUGCUGCCUGCCGUGUACGUGUGCGUGUCUGUGUGUACAUUGUUCUUUGGCUACACCUCGGAGAAGAGUGAUCGACAACGACGACGAACACGACGACGGCGGUUAACAACGGCACACGACGACGACAGCCAUCAGCGGUGCACACCUCAUUUAUGAUAGUCUUCACGGAAAAUGAGUCGACAUGAUGGGGUAAGUUGUGACUCCUGCAUGAAAGGAAACUUUCGGGGUCGCCGAUAUAAGUGCCUGGUGUGCUAUGAUUAUGACUUAUGUGCCAGUUGCUACGAAGCCGGUGCUAGCAGCACCAGACACCUUGUUGAGCAUCCAAUGCAGUGCAUACUUACACGAUCAGAUUUUGAAUUAUACUAUGGUGGUGAAGGUGUAAGCAUUGAACAACCUCAGUCGUUGACUUGUCCAUAUUGUGCAAGAAUGGGAUUCACAGAAACCACUUUGCAAGAACAUGUUGCUGCAGAACACACAGAUGGCCCUUAUGAAGUGAUUUGUCCUGUAUGUGCAUAUUUACCUGGGGGUGAGCCAAACCUUGUCACAGAUGAUAUUGCUGGACACUUAACUCUAGAGCAUCGCAGUGGACCAAGAGAUUUGAUAACAUUUCUUGAUGAAUCAGCUUCCAGUCGACAUGGUGUUCGACGAAUAACACACCCUAAUAGAGGUGUCAAUGCAUCAAGGCCACGCAGGUCUAACAUGCAUUUCAGUUCCUCGGGUGGACUUAGCCCAAGUAAUAGAGAUGGUAUUGAUCCAAUAGCUGAAUUACUAUCACAGUUAUCCGGUGUCAGAAGAACUGGAGCUAGUGGUAGCGCAAGCGGAAAUGCAGUUCAGAACUCUUCUGCACCAACGCAACUUCAGCAAAUCCAAAUGCAACUUCAAAUUGAACGUCAACAAGUAAGGGCGGCGCGACAACAAUUAGAACGACUGCCAAAGCGUCAGACUCAAGUGAUAGGUACAGUUGUCAAUGCUGCCAGCAGUAGUGGCAAUCAUUCGAACACUAUGUCGAGCGUUGUAGCAAACAACGCAGCGAGUAACAACAAUACCGGAAAUGCUGUGAACGCGUCCAGUGCUUCGACAUCCUCAAUACAAAAUUCGACCUUCCUUUUACCACGAUGCAUUACGAGUACACCUACAGAUUCUCAAUUACAAAGUAUCGAGAGGGAAAGCGCGAAUCGCAGUUUGUUUGCUCGUGAACUUGUAGUGAGUACGCUUGUAGAGGCAUUACCAGAGUUGGCAGCUCCCGAGCAACAGCCACUUCAAACGCCAACCUCGAGUGUCUCGACAGUCAUUAGUAGUCCGGAAACCUCCCCUGGGGCCGCAGCUUCAUCUUCUACAUCUGCGGCUUCAACUAUGAUUGCGCCUGUUAUUCAGAUUCAACAAUCACAGUCUCAUCAAGCACAACAUGGGCAAUUAACGCAUCAACAACAAACUAGAAAAACACAAGAAAGUGUGAGCAAAAGAGAACACCAACAGAGUAAACCUGUGUCGGGAACAGCAGUUAAUCAAGGUCUACCCGCAAAUCCGAAUGCGCCAACGACAACCCCAGUGAUACCACACACACCUCACGUGAUACCGCAAUCUCUGGUUUUGCAGCAGCCACUGCCAAUCCGAAAUACCGGCACUGGUACAAUAAGAGAGCAACCUACAGCACCCCAGCCACAAGCACCCGCAACGGGAGGCUACCAUCGGCCAGGAGUAGGUGUCAACACUGGCCCAUCACGACGAAAACCUGUUAGGACCGUAGAUGGCCGAAAUCAGUCAACCGAACCACCACCACCUCACUAACGAUCAAUCACUCACUUUCCCUCCGUCGACUCGUCCUGUAUAACAUACACGAACAAGUUAUUAUUAUUCUCAAUCAAAAGCGUCCCUUUUUCUUUAUCCUCUAACCCAGGAGAAACUUUUCCUCGAUCGAUCCAAUUACCCCUUCGGUCCAAGGUGUCGCGUAGAAAUGAUGGUGAUGAUGCGUUAGGAAAAUGUGUGCGAAUGAAUUAUGGAGGAAACUGGAGCGAAAUUUUAGUUAAAACGAAAAUAUGAUCAAAAAAAUUAAUUAUUGUUACGAGUGAAGUGAGCUAAGCGAAAAAGAAAACGAAAAGCGAGAAAGUGAAAGCGAACAAGAAAAAUGACAACAAAAAAAUAAUAAAUAAUGAGAAAGCCCACUAGCACUAGUCCUAGCACUGUUUAGACACACCUCGUCAUUAUUGUUAUUAUUAUUAAUUAAUAUUAUGAUUAAUGCAUAUAACAUUUACUUACGGAUUUAUUCACUGAAAAUAUAUUGUGCGCGAAUGAGAAUGAAUUAUUCUUUCGGAUCGGAGAUAUAAAUAAUAUGUAAGGGUAAUAAUUAUGAUGUAGCAAUGUGGCCCUUUACGUUUGUUCUUUGAUCGUUUAACUAAUUAUUAUAAAUAUACAAUAUAUAUAUUUUUCUCUUCAUCGUCUCGAGGUCAUAAUCAAGGAACGUUGCCUGUUUCAUGAGAAAAGAACCACAAUGGCGAUGACGAUGAAUUUAUAUAAAGAAUUACAAAAUAACUGUGGUGAACCGCUUUUCUCGUUGUGAUUAACUUAAUGUUUUCAGAGAAAAGUUUGUGGUAUGUGAAUUAUUAUUGAGAUGGUUAUACUCUAACAAGUGCGUCGAAUCGAUUAACGAAGUGUUGAAGAAUCGGGUUGAAAUUUGUCGUAUAACAAAACAGUGAAAAUGUCUGGCUUGUUGUAAUAUAUAUAUAUAUAAUAUAUCAUUCAAAAUUAAUAGAGACAAUGUUUUUUCUUAUAAAAAUGUGUGAAUUAAAUCAAGAUUCUCAUUCGCGUUGUUUUUUAUUGUUGGCCUUUUGUCGAUAUUUCCUAAAAAAUUUUACAAUUUAAUCACAUAUUUAAUGAAUCAUUACGUUCUCACUGUUUUACUCUUUUUUUAAAGAUAUUUUCAUUAUUUGGUUUUUUAAACAGUUAUUUGAUGGUUUUAUUUUCUUUUUCUCAUCUGAAAAAUAAGUUUUGUUAUUGACGAAGAUAUCUAAAAUCUUAUGAACUUUUUAAUCCGAAUUUGUUUGUCCCUAAUAUUUUCUAUAGAAUUUUGUAAAAAUUGGCAGAUUCAGACGUAGUUAGAGAAAAAUGUAUCAAGACAUGUAAUAUUUAUUUUGAAUUUUAAAGUCAUGAACUAUUUUUUGUGGGAGUUACAUCACUGAAUGAUGUCUAUUUAAUUCAAUUGCAAUAAAUUACAUGGACUGUUUUUCAACUUUAACUUGACUCAAUCGAAGAAGUCUCGUCAUAUUUUUCUGCAAUACAUUUUCAUACAUGCAUAUGGACUCGCAAACGUAUUGAUUUCAUGAAUGUAAACAAGAUAACCAUGGAUCUGUACUGUGAGAUUGACGGUCAGCUGCGUUGAGAAUAUCAAAGGCUUUGUAAAACUUAUUGAUAAUUAAUGAAUAAUUCGUCAAAACUCAUUGUAAUAUAGAACAAGAAUGUCUGCAUCGAAUAAAAAUAAAAAACAUUAAAGUAAAAAA